GCCGGGUUACUACGCGAAUACGCCCCAAAUAGUUCCCUCGAGUGGUCAUCUGUGACUCGAUCCAUAAUUUUCUAGUAGUCCUCCUUCAAGAGGGCGGAGUUUCCUGAGGGUUUGUCUAAAAAGUAUAAACUAAUAGUAGGAUUGCUAAUGUGGCUGGCCAAGAAAAAUUAAGUGUGAACGAAAUAGUGUACAAUAUUGAUCGGCGCAAGAAUACGAACUGUGACAUUUUCCUUGUGUAGCCUCUCAGUGUUGUGAGUGAAAGGUGCUGUGCGUGUGAAAAGUCGUCUUUGUUUUGUGCUCUGUAUCCAGUGGAAUUUAGUGUCGAUUUAUAGUGCUUUGUAGAGAUGUAAUAAUGUCCUCAUCUCCUAAAAAACUGAAGACGGAAUAUGUAUUGUCGAGCCACACUAAUCAGGAGUCCAAGCAGUCUUUGGCGUCCCCUCUUGCGCUGCUAGCAGCCACUUGCAGCAAAAUUGGGUCAGCACAGGAAGGACAAGGUGCGAAAGCUACGCAGCAGCAAAUCAAGGUGGUCUCCAACAGUCUGUCGGCGGCACUUCUGCAGCAUCUUCAGCAGCAGUCGCAGCAGCAAGAAGCUGCCACGGUGGCGUCUCAGCAGGCCUCGAUGGCCCCUAGGGACCCUCUGUCAUCGAGUCCGUCGCCUCCUCAACCGCAGGUCAUCACCAUUGCACAGCUGCAGAACCUCCUUCCUCUGCAGCAAGUAUCAGCAGCCAAUAAUGAUAUAAGUCAACAACUGCAAGGACAAUCAGUCAAAACAUUUGUGUCGUCUGCUGCAGGGUUGACAACUCCAACUGUAGUGUCCGUUCAAGGAGUACCUGGACAAUUUAUUCAGGGAGGCCAGUUGUUGUCAGCCGCAGGCGGGAGUCUGUACAAUGUGGUACAGCCGAUGCAGACAGUCACUGUUGAUGGACAGGAGGCCCUCUUCAUCCCGGCGGGGGGCGGCCAGCAGCUGGGUGGGCAGACCCUCAUCUCCCACCCCCAGUUGAUGCGGAGUCCCGGACUCCUGCCGACCAGCAUCCUGCAAACUCAGACCGUACAGUUCCCCGGAGGCCAGAACGUAACAGUGAGACCAGCCGCUAUACCACAGGUGGUACAGUUCCCGGCACUCCAGCAGACGAUACCGGUGCAGGUGCCGAUUACGACGGCCAACGGUCAGACAGUGUACCACACGGUACACUUCCCACUUCAGGCAUUUGCCACCUCACUUCCCAACAUUCUUCAGACCUCGGCCGGACAGGUUCAGAUGAUUCCCCAGAUGUCUCAGAUGCAACCACAGAUAGCCCAGAUACUUACGCCAAGCGGGCAGCUGCAGCAGGUGCAGAUAGCACAAGUGGCUUCCCCCGGCCAGAGCAUGGUGGUGCAGGGUGGCAACCAGAGCACGAUGGUUGUGCAACCGAGUUCUGCCGGCAGCAACCACUUGGUUGUACAGCAGCAACCGACCACCGUCAGUGUCAGCACCAACACUGCCACCAGCUCCACCUGGAGCACCACCACCGUGUCCACCCCGAGUGUCACAGUCCAGACUGUGUCAUCUCCUAGUGUGGUGUCCACUGCUGACUCAGGUAGUCUGCAGACUCAGCAAGCUCAGAACGUGCUGCUGCAGCAGGGAACCAGUCUUCCUCAGCAGAUAUCCCUCAGCACUGUCGGUAACCAACACCAGCAAGUCACAGUGAUCCCUGCCUCCAGUCUUGCCAACUUGAUGCAGACAACGAGUGGGGUUUCUACGGUCAGAGCCAACAACGUCGUUCAGAUGCAGGGACUCCAGACAAUCAAUGUGCCAGGUCUGGGCAAUGUUCAGCUGAUACCCACCAGUGCCCUGCAAGUCUCCCCCCAGAGUCAGCAGCCGCAGAUCAUUCACAGUCUGCCCCCCAACGUGCAGAUUAUAGGAGAUGUUGCAGCGACUGCUGGUGCCCAGGCAAGUGCGGAGGGCGGGGGGGAGAGGUGGCAGGUGGUGGUGCCUCCAACCCAGCCUGCCGCCUCGCCCCCACUGCCCCCAGGAGCAGAGUGGGGCCUGGACGAUGACUCGGACAGCGAGAAGCCCCGCACCCGGCGAGUCGCGUGUACCUGCCCUAACUGCAGUGAAGGUGGUGAAAGGAACAGUGAUCGCAAGAAGCUCCACAUCUGCCACAUUCCUGGUUGUAACAAAAUCUACGGCAAGACUUCGCACUUGCGAGCGCACCUGAGGUGGCACACGGGCGAGCGACCCUUCAUCUGUUCAUGGCAGUUCUGUGGCAAACGUUUCACUCGCUCAGAUGAACUGCAGAGGCACAGGCGAACGCACACAGGCGAAAAGAGGUUUCAGUGUCCCGAGUGUAACAAGAAAUUUAUGAGAAGUGAUCACCUCUCCAAACACAUUCGAACACAUCAGAAGCAGCGGAUCAUCGACGCCCAAGGCAUGAACAACGAGUCCAAAGAGAUUUGGAUCACAGCAGACACCUCUCCCACUACCAUUUAUCUGAAACAGAUACAAAUGGCUCAGGUAUUUAUAUUUUUCUCAGUUUUGUGCAUAGCCCAUUAACGCUACAGCCUAGAG